GGACUGGCCCCAAUCAUUUCUUUGCGUGUUUUCUCCUCUGCAGAAGAAGGUCCAGGCGACGGUGCGCAGGCAGGGCCUGGCUGCUCUGGUUCAUUUCCUCUUCGGCCCUCCCCGGCUCCAGCCGCAGCUGCAGGGAGAGCGGGAGCUGGCUCUGGCCAUGGCACAGUGUGGUUUGGAUGAUAACGAGAGAGUGCACAUGAGAAUCCUGCAGACCAUUUACAAGAAGCUCACGCGCUCCAGGUUGGGCUGCCCGCGCUACGGGGCGCACUGGGAAGAGCUCGGCUUUCAAGGUGCGGAUCCCGGCACUGACCUGCGAGGGACGGGGAUGCUGGGCCUGAUGCAGAUGCUGUACUUCGUCAUGGACUCGCAGACGCUGCCUCUGGCUCGAGAGAUCUUCAAGCUGUCCCAUCACGAAACCCAGAAUUUCCCCUUCUGCAUCAUGUCCGUGAACAUCACCCGCAUCGUCAUCCAGGCCCUGAGGGAGGAACGUCUCUCCAGGGAGUGCAACCGCAGGCAGCAAGUCAUCGCCGUGCUCAACGACUUGUACGCGGCGGCCUUUCUGCAGCUCUACCGCGUCUGGAAAUGGCAGCACAAGACCGUCGCCGACUCCGGCUUCCUCCUAAAGG